AGAAAGGGGAGCAAAAAGAGGGAGAGGGAGAGAGAGAGAGAGAGAGGAGUUUGAGUGGGUGUGUGCGAGUGAGGGAGAGUGCUUGCGGGUGGUACCGGCGACGAGGUUAGGGGAUUUAUUUGGUUGAUGAUGAGAUAAGGGGAGGGGGGAUGAGAUAAAAGAAGGAAAGAAGGGGAUUUUUAUUUGAUUUUCAGCUGGUGAGGGAUCUUUUUUUCUCUCUUUGAGGGAGGGGGAGAGAACGAGGAGGCGGCCAUGGCGGCGCAUGUUAGCGUGAACCAUGGCUUGCUGGCGCUGUUACUGGUGCUGAUCUGCUUAUCGUGCGCCGAGGGUGGGGAGCAGGCCACGAGGCAGUGGCUGGAGGUGCGGCGGCACCUGAAACGAUUCAACAAGCCCGCCAUCAAGAGCAUUAAGAGCCCGGAUGGAGAUAUCAUAGACUGUGUCCAUGUCUCUCAUCAGCCAGCCUUUGAUCAUCCUUUUCUCAAAAACCACACUAUCCAGGUGAGGCCAGCUUUCCACCCAUUUGACCUAUAUGAUGAGAACAAGGUGGCAUCAAAGAAGAAAUCUAGCUCCAUAGCUCAGCUUUGGCAUCAAAAUGGGAGGUGCCCUGAGGACACCAUCCCCAUUAGAAGGACCAAGAGGGAUGAUGUGCUGAGGGCCAGCUCUGUCAGAAGGUAUGGGAAGAAGAGUCACAGGACUGUACCAAAUCCCACUUCUGUAGACCCUGACCUUCUCAAUGAGAGUGGCCAUCAGCAUGCAAUUGCUUAUGUAGAGGGAGAUAAGUACUACGGAGCGAAGGCAACCAUAAAUGUAUGGGAGCCAAAGAUCCAACAGCCCAAUGAGUUCAGCUUGUCUCAGCUCUGGAUUCUUGGGGGUUCUUUUGGAGAGGAUCUCAAUAGCAUUGAAGCUGGUUGGCAGGUCAGUCCAGAUCUAUAUGGAGAUAAUAACACAAGGCUAUUUACUUAUUGGACUAGUGAUGCUUAUCAAGCAACAGGCUGCUACAACCUACUCUGCUCUGGGUUCAUUCAAAUCAACAGGGAGAUAGCAAUGGGUGCCAGUAUCUCUCCAAUUUCUGGCUUUGGUGGUUCCCAAUAUGAUAUCAGCAUACUUGUCUGGAAGGAUCCGAAAGAGGGGAAUUGGUGGAUGCAAUUUGGGAAUGACUAUGUGUUGGGCUACUGGCCUUCUUUCCUGUUCUCCUACUUGGCUGACAGUGCCUCCAUGAUCGAAUGGGGAGGCGAGGUGGUGAACUCGCAACCGGACGGCGAGCACACGUCCACGGAGAUGGGAAGCGGCCGUUUCCCGGAGGAAGGUUUCGGCAAGGCGAGCUACUUCAGAAACAUUCAGAUAGUUGAUCAGUCCAACAAUCUGAAAGCUCCCAAAGGGGUCGGCACCUUCACCGAGCAAUCCAACUGCUACGACGUGCAGAAUGGCAACAAUGGUGACUGGGGAAAUUACUUCUACUAUGGGGGUCCUGGUAAAAAUCCCAACUGUCCAUAGAAGACCCUAGCUUUUUUUUUUUUAUAUAUUCCCUCCUCCCCCUUAAGAUUCCCCCGUGUACCCACUCAAUGUAAUACACUCCUUUUAAUCCUAGGCAGUGGUGACGUGCAUUGUUCUCUUCCUCAGAGAUUUUGUGUUGGCUCCCCUCUUCUUCUUUUUUUCUUUUGUACCUACUCUCCUUGUAAGAGUUUGGAGAGAUGGGAGGUCAAGUUUCUCAAGAGAGACAGGCCUGUGGUGUAGUCCCCUUAUGUAAUUGUUUCUUUAUCCUUUGAUCCUCUCUUGGAGUCAUUUGUUGUUGAAUUAUCUUAAUGGAUUGAUGAGAUUCUGGUA